UGAUUGGACGAUUUUAAAAUCGCUAUAACUUCCUUAUAUUUGGUGGAAACGUUAUGAAAUUCAUACUGUGGGUAUAUGAUACAAAUGCCUGUUGAACGACAUCAACAAAAAAUCGGAAUCAUACACGCGUGCGCGUGUAUGCACGUUCAACGCUUUCUUUCAUUUCUUGGUACUGAAAUGACCAUAUUGAACGUACUACAUGUAAUUAAAGGCUAAAAUAAAAUGAUUUUUUGCUAUAGAUUCACAAGGACAUCACUUUUUAAUUGGGGGAGGUUUGGGGAACAUCUGUAACGGUCCCCGUUACAAUUAGAACUAGUUAUUUAUUUUUUCCCUUUCGUCUCCGAGACCGUUGGAUGGAUUUUCCUGAAACUUUCACAGAUUAUAGACAACGAUGGUACCUCGAGGCAUUUUUUUUCAUUUUUUCAAAAUUCACUUCCGUUCGUGAUAUACGUUCGAUUUUCCGGUUUUUGAAAGAAACUUUGUCCGGGUGUAAACUUGAAAACCACUAAAGAUAAUCGAAUGAAACUUUCAGGGAUGAUAGAUCUAUUUUCUCUAUGGUGCAUGCACGUAUUAUUUUUUGUCGCCGUCACUUCCGGUCGUCACCGGAAGUGAUUAAAUAAGUCAUCAAUUUCAAACUUUUUUGUUUCAAAUUGAAACCUAUAUCGGUUUACUAGAUCUUGUUCUAAUUCUCAAAAAAUGUUGACCCCACCGGAAGUUGAAUCUCCAAAUUCCGGUUAUAUCAAAGAAAGACUAUUCAUUCUCUCAUUUUUCAGUGUCAUAAAUCUCGGUCAUGAAACUAGAUAAUGAGUUGAAUUUUACAUAUGUUAUAGUCACUAUAGAUGUCUAGAGUAACGUCAAAUAUUUUUGUAAAUUUUACUUCCGGUCGGCAAAUACGGCUUAUUAGCUGUUUUCGUUGUCGAGCGUUUUUCUCAGAAACUGUAAAAGAUAAAGUCAUCAAAUUUUCAGAAUUAAUAGCUCUAAAUUUGUAAGCGUGCAGUAGGGGAUUAAAAAUGUCGGCCGUCACUUCCGGUCGUCACCGGAAGUGAUUAAUAAAUCAUAAAUUUCAAACUUUUUUCUUUCAAAUUGAAACCUAUAUUGGUUUAUUAGGUCUCGUUCUGAUUCUCAAAAAAAUGUUGACCCCACCGGAAGUUGAAUCUCCAACUUCCGGUUAUAUCAAAGAAAGACUAUUCAUUCUCUCAUUUUUCAGUGCCAUAAAUCUCGGUCAUAAAACAAGUUAAUGAUUUGAAUUUUACAUAUGUUAUAGACACUAUAAAUGUCUAGAGUAUAUUUAAAUAUUUUUGUAAAAUUCACUUCCGGUCGUGAGAUAUGGGGUGGACAUAUUCAGACCUUGUUUUUUCAGUUUCUCAAUAAUGAAUAUAGAUAGACGCUUGAAACUUGUAGAGUUCAUCAACUAACAUUAGUCCAGUGUACACAUACUUUCAAAUUUUUCGUCCGUCACUUCCGCUCUAUCCGGAAGUAUUUGAAAAAAUGACGAUUUUCCGAUUUCUUCGAGUGAUUUCUCAGAGAUGGCUGGAUAGAUUUUCUUGAAAUUUUCAGGAAUAAUGUCUUAUGAAAUGACUUUGCUGUGUUUUUUUUUUUUUUUCCAAAAUUCACUUCCGGUCGGAAAAUAUGGCCGAUUUUCUGUUUCUCAAACGAGAUUUUGUCCAGCAUUUUCCUUGGAAAGGGUAAAAGAUAGGUUCAUCAAAUAUUCAGGGAUGAUCAAUCUUUGUUUGUAAGCAUGCAAUAGAGUGUUGAGCAUGUCGACCGUCACUUCCUGUCGUCACCGGAAGUGAUGGAAAUAAUCGUAAAUUUCAAACUUUUUCUUUUAAAUUGAAACGUAUACUAGUGUAUUAAGUCUCCUUCAAAAUGUCAAAAGAAUAUUGACCCCAUCGGUAGUCAAAACGACUACUUCUGGUUUCUUGAUAAAAUACUUUUUUACUUUUCGUCUCUUUGUCCCCAGAAAUCUCGCUUAUAUUUGAAGUGUUUGAUAUGGUUUUCACAUGUCUUUAGAGUAGUAUCAACUUCUAGAGUUUUGACAAUUUCGUUUUUCAAAAUUGACUUCCGGUCGGUAGUUACCUACUACUUUUUCUUUCUUUAGUCUACUUCUUUUUGUUGAGAACUCUUCAGAUAGAGACGUGAAAUUUCAGGGAAUAUAGACAGUAAAGAGUCACUGUCAUUCAUAGGAAAACACAUCUGAAUAGUACUUCCGGUCGUCACCGGAAGUUACAAGAAAUGAGUAAAAAAUUCGAUAAUACACUUCUCAUUUAUUGUUAAAGUACAUUCUCUAAUAUAUUUGAAUGGUUUUUGUAGGAUCAGAAAACUCUUUACCAGAAGUGAACAAACGGAAGACCUACUCAUUACUAGUAAUGAGUUUCUAGUUCUUAUUAUUCCUCUUCUUUCCGAGAAAUUUGUCCGCUCGAUUGUAUGAAAGUGGUUCGACAGAUCCACUUCAAACUUUGUGAGCUGAUAGGGGGUCACUAAGAGGGGUGCAUUCAACUUUUCAAAUUUUCAAAAUGGCCGCCGUUUCAAGAUGGCGUCCAAAAAACGUCAAAAACUCUAGGUUGUCGGAUUUCAACCAAAUUCUAUUUCUAGGGUAAUUUAGUGACCGCAAGUCCAUUUUCACAAUCAAAAUUUUUUUUGAGCCGCCAUUUUCAAAAUGGCCGCCAUAUACCGAAAUAUUUCAAAGUGUUAAAAUCUCUACAACAUUUGGGUUCUGGGGUAAAUGUUGGGUCCACAAUUCAUUUCUAGCAUCAGUAUUUCCUUCCAAUCAAUUUUCAAAUAUUUCAAAAUGGCCGCCAUUGAAGAAAAUUGCGGCCAAAAAUCAAGUCCCUCGGAUUUCAACCAAAUUCAGUUUUUAAUGUUUUUUGAGAAUCCUGAAUGCAUAUCUGGCAUCAAAAAGCAUUUCUGACAUGGGGAGGUGUUCGGAGACAUUUGUGUUGGCAUCCCAACACAGUUAUAGCUCGUUAUUAUUAAUUUUUUUUUCCCUUUCGUCUCCGAGACCGUUGGAUGGAUUUUCCUGAAACUUUCACAGAUUAUAGAGAACGAUGGUACCUCGAGGCAUUUUUUUUAUUUUUUCAAAAUUCACUUCCGGUCGCAAGAUAUGUCCAAUUUCCGUCUUUUUACAAGAUAUCUUUUCCAGCGUUUUUCUCAGAAACGGUAAAAGAUAGAGUCACCAAAUUUUCAGAGUUAAUAGAUCUCACUUUGUAGGCGUGCAGUAGGGGGUUAAGAAUGUCGGCCGUCACUUCCGGUCGUCACCGGAAGUGAUUAAAGGAAACAUGAAUUUCAAACUUUUUUCUUUCAAAUUGAAACCUAUCUUGGUUUACAAUAUCUCGUUCUAAUUCUCAAAAAAUGUUAACCCCACCGGAAGUUGAAUCUUCAACUUCCGGUUAUAUCAAAGAAAGCCUAUUCAUUCUCUCAUUUUUCAGUGCCAUAAAUCUCGGUCAUGAAACUAGUUAGUGAGUUGAGUUUUACAUAUAUUAUAGUCACUAUAAAUGUCUAGAGUAACGUCAAAUAUUUUUGUAAAAUUCACUUCCGGUCGGCAAAUACGGCUUAUUAGCUUUUUUUGUUGUCCAGCGUUUUUCUCAGAAACCGUAAAAGAUAGAGUCACCAAAUUUUCAGAGUUAAUAGAUCUCUCUUUGUAGGCGUGCAGUAGGGGGUUUAGAAUGUCGGCCGCCACUUCCGGUCGUCACCGGAAGUGAUUAAUAAAUCAUAAAAAUCAAACUUUUUUCUUUCAAAUUGAAACCUAUAUCAGUUUAUUAGGUCUCGUUUUAAUUCUCAAAAACUAUUGACCCCACCGGAAGUUGAAUCUCCAACUUCCGGUCAUAUCAAAGAAAGACUAUUCAUUCUCUCAUUUUUCAGUGCCAUAAAUCUCCGUCAUAAAACACGUUAAUGAUUUGAAUUUAACAUAUGUUAUAGACACUAUAAAUGUCUAAAGUAAAUUUAAAUAUUUUUGUAAAAUUCACUUCCGGUCGUGAGAUAUGGGGUGGACAUGUUCAAACCUUGUUUUUUCAGUUUCUCUAUAAUGAAUAUAGAUAGACGCUUGAAACUUGUAGAGUUGAUCAACUAACAUUAGUCCAUUGUACACAUACAUUCAAUUUUUUCGUCCGUCACUUCCGGUCUAUACCGGAAGUAUUUGAAAAAAUUUCGAUUUUCCGAUUUCUUCGAGUGAUUUCUCAGAGAUGGCUGGGUAGAUUUUCUUGACAUUUUCAGGAAUAAUGUCUUAUGAAAUGACCUUGCUAUAAUUAUUUUUGUUUUUACAAAAUUCACUUCCGGUCGGAAAAAUAUGGCCGAUUUUCUGUUUCUCAAAAGGAAUUUUUCCAGCAUUUUUCUUGGAAAAAGUAAAAUAUAGGUUCAUCAAAUAUUCAGGGAUGAUCAAUCUCCGUUUGUAGGCGUGCAGUAGUGGGUUGAACAUGUCGACCGUCACUUCCUGUCGUCACCGGAAGUGAUGGAAAGAAUCGCACAUUUCAAACUUUUUCUUUUUAAUUGAAACCUAUACUAGUUUAUUACGUCUCUUUCAAAGUGUCAAAAGAAUAUUGAGUCUGUCGGUAGUCAAAACGACUACUUCCGGUUUCUUGAUAAAAUACCUUUUUACUUUUACUUUUCGUCUCUUUGUCCCCAUAAAUCUCGCUUAUAUUUGAAGUCUUUCAUAUGAUUUUCACAUGUCUUAAUAAAAGUAUCAACUUCUAAAGUUUUGAUAAUUUUGUUUUUCAAAAUUGAUUUCCGGUCGGUAGUAACCUACUACUUUUUCUUUCUUUAGUCUACUUCUUUUUGUUGAGAACUCUUUCAGAUAGAGACGUGAAAUUUUCAGGGAAUAUAGAGAGUAAAGAGUUGCUGUUAUUUAUAGGAAAACGCAUCUGAAUAGUACUUCCGGUCGUCACCAGAAGUUACGAGAAAGGAGUAAAAAAUUCGAUAAUACAUUGCUCAUUCAUUCUUAAGGCACAUUUUCUGAUACAUUCAAAUGGUUUUCAUAGGAAUAGAAAGCACUUUACCGGAAGUGGUCUAACGGAAGACCUACUCAUUACUAGUAAUGAGUGUCUAGUUAUUAUUAUUAUUUUUCCCCCUUUUUUGUCGGCACGAUUUCUCAGAGAUUGCUGGAUGGAUUUUCUUGAAAUUUUCAGGGAUGAUAGAGAAUGAAAAUACCCCCAGAAGUUUUUUCCAUUUUUUCAAAAUUUGCUUCCGGUCGUUAGAUAUGUCCAAUUUCCGUUUUUUUUAGAAGAGAUUUUGUCCAUCGUUUUUCUCAGAAACGGUAAAAGAUAGAGUCACCAAAUUUUCAGAGUUAAUAGAUCUCACUUUGUAGGCGUGCAGUUGGGGGUUCAGAAUGUCGGCCGUCACUUCCGGUCGUCACCGGAAGUGAUAAAAGGAAUCGAAAAAUUAAAGUUGUAGUUGUUGAAGCGAAACCUAUAUCACUUUAUCCGGUCUCUUUUGGAGUAUUGAAAACCGUUAACCCCACCGGAAGUGGAAACGUCCACUUCCGGUUAUUAAGGAAAAACUUUUCAAAUUCUCCUUUUUCAAUGCCUUAAAUCUCGUUUACUAAACAAGUGUUUGACUUGUAUUUAACAUAUGUUGUAGACACUAUAAAUGUCUAGAGUAAUGUUAACUAUUUUUUGAAAAUUUACUUCCGGUCAUGAGGUAGAGGGUGGACAAAUUCAAACUUUGUUUUUUCAGUUUCUCAAUAAUAAAUAUAUAUAGACGCUUGAAACUUGUGGGUUUGAUCAACUAGCAUUAGGCGAAUGUACACAUACUUUCAAUUUUUUCGUCCGUCACUUCCACUCUAUACCGGAAGUAUUUGAAAAAAAUGACGAUUUUCCGAUUUCUUCGAGUGAUUUCUCAGAGAUGGCUGGAUGGAUUUUCUUGAAGUUUUCAGGGAUGAUAGAGAAUGAAAAUACUCAGAACACAUUUUGUUUUUUUCCAAAUUCACUUCCGGUCGUCAGAUAUGUCCAAUUUCCGUUUUUUUAGAAGAGAUCUUGUCCGCGGGAAAUCUCGGAAACGGUUAAAGAUUAAGGCACCAAACUUUCAGGAAUGAUAGAUCAUGACAAGUAGGUUUGUCGAAUAUGGUUAAUUCCGUCAGCCGUCACUUCCACUCGUCACCGAAAGUGAUCAAAGAAAUCGAAAAUUUCAGAUUUUUUCUUUUGACGCAAAACGAGCAUUAGUUUAUUGUUUCAUUUUUGUAGUUUUGAAAUAUGUUGAUCCUAGUGGAAGCAAAAACGGCAACUUCCGGUUUUAAGAGAAAAACUGGAAAAAUUGACUUUUUGACUUUGCCUUAAAUCUCGCUUGUAUAUGGGGUAUUACAAAUUAUUUUCUUGUAUGUUAGAGACAUUGCAAAUGUCUAAAUUAACGUAAACUAUUUUGGUGAAAUCUACUUCCGGUCGCGAGAUUUGCAGUCUUCAAAAUGAGAAUUUGUUCAAGCUAAUACUCUGCAAAUGUUUUCAAGACUGAUAGUCAGUCAUCAGUGUGUUUGCAUCGUGUGAGAAUCGUAUGUAGCCGUCACUUCCGGUCGUGACAGGAAGCGAUAUGAAAAAUGUCAUUUUUUGAAGUUUUUUUUUUUUUUUUGAGAGAUAUUGGGACUAAUAUGGAUGAUAAUUAGGUCUUGUUCAUGUAAAAUAUGUCCACCGGAAGUGCCGACCAAAAAACCGGAAGUUGUCUCAAACAUGGGUAUUUUUGUCGAAAGUUAAGUGUAUGAUUAGUUGAGAAUUAUUAAGGUGUAGAAUGGAAUAUUUAUGCGAUUGGAGCUCUUCGAUCUCGACAGGAAGUAGUAUAACGGAAGACCUACUCAUCACUAGUAAUGAGUUUCUAGUUAUUGUUCUUUUUCUUACCGAUUUUGUGCACGCGAUUUCUCUAAAACGGUUGGAUAGAUUUUCAUGAAACUUUCAGGAAAGAUGUAAAAUAGGAUUGUCUAGAUUGGUCUUUUUUUGGUUUUGCCAAAAUCACUUCCGGUCGCAAGUUACGGCUGAAUUUCCGUUUUUCAAAUGACAUUUUGUCCGGGCGUUUUCUCAUAAACGGUUAAAGAUUGAGACUUCAAACUUUCAGGGAUGAUAGAUGGUGACAUGUAGCUAUGCAAUAUGGUAUUAUCAUUGCCAUCCGCCACUUCCGGCCGUCACCGGAAGUGAACAAAAGAAACGUCAAAUUUCAAAUUAAUGCUUUUGAAACAAAACUUGCAUAGAUUAAUUAGAUAUCUUUCGGAGUUUCAGAAAAUGUUAGACUUACCGGAAGUUUAACCAGCAACUUCCGGUUUUUAGAGAAAAACUUCGAAAAAAUUGUCUUUCUUUGUCCUCGUAUAUAUCGUUUAUUUAUCAAACUUUUAAUGCGAUAUUUACAGAUUUUAAUGACAUCAUCCAUCUUAAGAGAACCCCGUAACACUAUUUCAAAUUUCACUUCUGGUCACAAGUUACGGCCGAAUUUCCGUUUUUCAAAUGAUAUUUUGUCCGGGCAUUUUCUCAUAAACGGUUAAAGAUUGAGACUUCAAACUUUCAGGGAUGAUAGAUUAUGACUUGUAGCUGUGGAAUAAGGUAUUAUUUUUGCCAUCCGUCACUUCUGGUCGUCAACGGAAGUGAACAAAAGAAACGUCAAAUUUCAAAAUUAUGCUUUUGAAACAAAACUUGCAUAGAUUAGUUAGGUCUCUUUCGGCGUUUCAGAAAAUGUUAGACUUACCGGAAGUUUAACCAGCAACUUCCGGUUUUCAGAGAAAAACUUUUAAAAAACGGUCUUUCUUUGUCCUCGUAUAUCUCUUUAUUUAUGAACCAUUUAAUACGAUAUCUACAGAUGUUAUUGACAUUAUCCAUCUCAAAAGAACCAUGCACCACUAUUUCAAAAUUCACUUCCGGUCACAAGUUGCGGCCGAAUUCCUGUUUUUCAACUGAUAUUUUGUCCGGCCGUUUUCUCAAAAAUUGUUGAAGAUUGAGUCUUGCGACUUUCAGGGAUGAUAGAUGGUGACUUGUUGCUCUGUAAUAAGGUUUAUCAUUGCGAUCCGUCACUUCCGGCCGUUACCGGAAGUGAACAAAAGAAACGUCAAAUUUCAAAUUCAUGCUUUUAAAACAAAACUUGCAUAGAUUUAUUAGGUAUCUUUCGGAGUUUCAGAAAAUGUUAGACUUACCGGAAGUUUAACCAGCAACUUCCGGUUUUUAGAGAAAACCUUUGAAAAUUGGGUAUUUCUUUGUCCUCAUAUACGUAUAAUGUAUCUCGCUUAUUAACCAUGAUAUUCAAUACGAUAUUUACAGAUAUUAUUGACAUUAUCCAUCGCUAGGAAACCCUUUCAUACUAUUUCAAAAUUCACUUCCGUUUUUCAAAUUACAAUUUGUCCGGGCGUUUUCUCAUAAACAGUUAAAGAUUUAUUCUUCAAACUUUCAGGGAUGAUAGAUGGUGACUUGUAGCUCUGUAAUAAGGUUUAUCAUUACGAUCCGUCACUUCCGGUCGUCACCGGAACUGAACAAAAGAAACGUCAAAGUUCAAAAUUAUGCUUUUGAAACAAAACUUACAGAGAUUAAUUGGGUCUCUUUCGGAGUUUCAGAAAAUGUUAAGCUUACCGGAAGUUUAACCUACAACUUCCGAUUUUUAGAGAAAAACUUCGAAAAAUUUGUCUUUCUUUGUUCUCGUAUAUCUCGCUUACCUAUCAACUUUAUAUUACGAUGUUUACAGAUAUUAUGGACAUUAUCCAUCUCUAAGACACGUUUAAUACUAUUUAAAAAUUCACUUCCGGUAGCGAGAUAAGACCGAAUUUCCGUUUUUCAAAUGACAUUUUGUCCAGGCGUUUUCUCAUAAACGUUUAAUGAUUGAGUGUUGAAACUUUCAGGGAUGAUUGGUGGUGACUUGUAGCUUUUCUAAUAAGAUUUAUCAUUGUCAUCCGUCACUUCCGGCCGCCACUGAAAGUGAACGAAAGAAAUGUCAAAUAUUAAAUUUACGCUUUUGAAACAAAAUGUCCAUGGAAUAAUUAAGUGUCUUCUGAAGUUUCAGAAAAUGUUACACUUACCGGAAGUUUAAACAACAACUUCCGGUUUUUGGAGAAAAACUUUGAAAUUCUUUUUCAAAAUUAAAUUCCGUUCACAAGAUACAUGUAUGUUCGAUUUCCGUUUUUUAAAAGACUGGGCGUUUUCUCAUAAGCAGUCAAAGAUUGAGUCUUAAAACUUUCAGGAAUGUUAGAUGGUAACUAGAAGAUGUACCUAACGUGUUUCAAUUUUGUUGCCAUCACUUCCGUCGUCCACCGGAAGUAGCUUACAAAUAUGUAAUUUUUCAAUUUUUUUUCCAUUUCUAAUGCUCACAACAUUGUCUAAUAGAGUGUAGUUAGUCAAACCAUUUCCACCGGAAGUUGGAUGUUCGAAACCGGAAGUUGUCUUUAAAAAAUCAGUAUUUUUCAUCGAAACUUUAAGUGGAGAAUCCCGCACGCUCAAUAUGGAAUUUUCGAUCGUUCUAUGGACUUCCGAGACACCAGAAGUGAAGAACAUAAAACUGGAAGUUGUUAAUAAUUGAUAAAUCAUAUCUCUUACAUGUUUAUCGCUCUAUUUUUUGAGAAUUUAAGUUUUUAUUCCUUGCAUGUACAGUUGUUCUUCACAAAUAUCCAAGUCAAGAUCUUAUCUCGUCAGAAAUCGGACAGAAGAUCCACUCGUUGCUCUAGUUAUUAUUUUCCUUGGUAAUCCCCUAGAUUUUCUAAGCCAUUUCUCGAUCGAUUUUAAUGAAAUUUUUAGCAAAGAUGUCGUUUGUUGAAGAGACUUUGCAUGCCAAUUUGUGAGCGAAACUUCACUUCCGGUCGAUAAUUUUCUCUCUAUUAGUGAUUUUUUGGAUGCCCGAAUUGUCCACCUAUCUCCUCCGUAACUAUCAAAGCUAUCUUGUCUAAAAAUUUCAAUACUCUAGUAUUGAAAUUUUUAGACAAGAUAUAGUAAUCAUUCUAGAUGUUCUAAUGGUCUUCGAUUUGACCGGAAGUGAUUCGCCUAAACGCUCGCCUGGACCUGAAAAAAUGGAUGAGAAAAUUUUCCAUUGAUUUCUAACAAAAUGACAACCAUUUGUGGCAACUGUGGAAUUCUAAAAGAGGGGAUGAAGACUUGUGGUAGGUGCCGCCAGGUGUAUUACUGCAGCAGAGAAUGUCAGAAAAUGGACUGGAAGGCGGUCCACAAAGCACAGUGCCACGGAACAUUGGAUGGUGUACCAGAUGAGAGAUGCGAUCACAAAUGUCUCCCCGAUUCGUCGGAACUCGAUGUAUGUAAACUACAUGUAUGUGCCUAUUGUGGGGUGAAAGAAAAUCUUAAAAAGUGUGGACGUUGUUUAGGUGUCGUGUAUUGUUCAAAAUCGUGCCAAUCACGAGACUGGUCACAACACAAGAUUAUAUGCAAGAAGAAUGAUAAUAUUGUCGACGUGAUCAGGACCGACGGUUUUAAAAAACAACUUGAAAAGACAAAAUCAGACAGACUUCGAUCCCAAACAGUCCGACACCAGAAUACUGCACGUGUGUCUGGUUUUGGAAAUGCAUUCCAGAUGUUUGCCCCGUCACCCAUGAUGAGGAGAGAUUUCGCCGAUCUCUCGUUAAAGAAAUCAACCACAAAGAUUCACAGAAAACAGGCAAAACUGUAUGCGGAACGCAAGUUUCCCAUGCAGUGUAUCAUCGAGGACAUUGAGAAAAUACCACAGGAAUUUUCUAUCAAUUUUGGUGUAGCCCGAAUAUCGUUCGUCGGUUUCAUAUCCAGAUAUCACCAUUACAGAGCACGCCACUGUGUGUAUAUUCAAGUAAGGAUAGAAAUGAGGAGGAGAUUUACCUGGGAUUUUACCUUGAUUACGACGACCCCUACCCGUAUUUUACGUGGGGAGAUGUCCGUCCCGGCAGGUUUAUCUGCCUUCACGACCCAUGCAUUCAUUUUUUUCUGGAUGGAUCUAUCGGAAUUCGAGUGGACAACAGCAGCGAGGUGUUCAUAUUUGACGUCUGAUCGUGGAUUUUCGUUGAUUUUGUUGAGUGACACUAAUCACUUGCAACCUUUUGACGUCAAGUUUGUUCCAGCAGGAACUUAAAUAAUAAAGAUUAGUGAUUAUAAAGAUCGUGAAUUUAUGUACAAUAACUUUUGCAUGGUACGCUCCAUGAUUCUUCACCACAUUUCAUCUUCACGUUGUAUUUCCAAUGAUUUGAUAAUUAUUUUUACGUUGAAAUUUUAAUUUUUGAAACUGCA